UUGCGGUCAGUAAGCCGGCAGGUGUCUCCUCCGUGUGGACAGCCUCACCAGUAUCGCUUGUAAGUGAUCAAAGUACGGAGGUAACCCGAAACUGCGCCAGGUGGGGCAGAAGGGAUACUCUUGUUGGCAGUAAUUGUAAUGGUGUGGGCACUUUUCUACUUACCAACUCAGUCUGGCUUUUUUUGUAUUUUACCUGGGAGAGAAGCGCUGUUUAUCGGUGAAGGAGGAGCACCUGCUAGAGGAACCAGCAAGUUAAAAAGCAAACUUCACCUGCUCGGCGAACAAUAGACAGCAACAGUACAAUCGCAAAGAGGAUAUUCCUAAGUGGAGGAAAAAAAUAUAUAUAUCUGUAUUUGUGAUGUAAAAUGGCGACCGGACGGGAUUCUCUUUAAUCACAACGGUACUUUCUGAAUGAGAGUUGUUUUUAAUCAGAUCUGAGGGAUUUUGGCAUUAUAUACAUGCAUUUGGCGUGCUCCGCCGAGAGAGAGAUCGUGUAGGAAGAGAAGAUGUCAGUGGGCGAGCUUUACACCAAGUACACCAAGGUUUGGAUUCCUGAUCCGGAUGAAGUGUGGAAGUCAGCUGAAAUUAUCAAGGAUUACAAGGAGGGGGAUGCCAUUCUCCAUUUAAAACUUGAAGAUGAGUCGAUUAUUGAGUACCCUGUCAACACAAAGGCUAACCAGCUGCCUUUUCUGCGAAACCCUGACAUUCUGGUGGGAGAGAAUGACUUGACAGCCCUCAGCUACCUCCAUGAACCUGCCGUCCUUCACAAUUUGAAAGUUCGCUUUUUAGAGUCCAAUCACAUCUACACCUACUGUGGAAUUGUACUUGUUGCCAUUAACCCAUAUGAGCAAGUGCCCAUCUAUGGAGAAGAUGUCAUCUAUGCCUACAGUGGACAGAAUAUGGGGGAUAUGGAUCCCCAUGUCUUUGCUGUUGCAGAAGAGGCCUACAAACAGAUGGCUAGAGAUGAAAAGAAUCAGUCCAUCAUCGUGAGUGGAGAGUCUGGGGCUGGGAAGACGGUGUCUGCUAAGUAUGCCAUGCGCUAUUUUGCUACAGUUGGUGGGUCAGAAAGUGAGGCCAAUGUUGAAGAGAAGGUUUUGGCAUCCAGUCCAAUUAUGGAGGCAAUUGGAAAUGCCAAAACAACAAGAAAUGACAACAGCAGUCGCUUUGGUAAAUAUAUUCAGAUUGGGUUUGACAGACGAUAUCACAUCAUUGGUGCCAACAUGAGAACAUACCUGCUGGAGAAGUCAAGAGUGGUCUUUCAGGCAGAAGAUGAGAGAAACUACCAUAUAUUUUACCAACUGUGUGCCUCAUCAAGUUUGCCAGAGUUUAAGGAUUUAGCUCUGACAAGUGCAGAUGAUUUCUUCUACACAUCUCAAGGUGGAAACAUAUUUAUCAAAGGGGUGAAUGACGCUGAAGACUUUCAGAAGACAAGACAAGCAUUCACAUUAUUAGGUGUCAAGGAAUCCCAUCAGAUUGGCAUUUAUAAAAUCAUUGCAGCAAUUCUUCAUUUGGGAAAUGUUGAGAUAUUUUCAGAAAGAGAUGGAGAUUCAUGCAACAUAUCAAAAGAGGACGAGCACCUGAAUCACUUCUGUGACUUACUAGGAGUGGAACAUGACCAGAUGCAGCACUGGCUGUGCCACCGAAAGCUUGUCACAACAGCUGAAACGUACGUUAAAACGAUGUCAAAGCAGCAAGCGAUCAAUGCCAGAAACGCAUUAGCCAAGCACAUCUACGCCCAGCUCUUCAACUGGAUUGUGGAGCACGUUAACAAAGCCCUUCACACCACUAUCAAACAACAUUCCUUCAUUGGUGUGCUGGAUAUCUAUGGGUUUGAGACCUUUGAAUUUAACAGUUUUGAGCAGUUCUGCAUCAACUAUGCCAAUGAAAAAUUACAGCAACAGUUCAACUCUCAUGUGUUUAAGCUGGAGCAAGAAGAGUACAUGAAAGAGCAGAUUCCUUGGACUCUCAUUGAUUUCUAUGACAACCAGCCAUGUAUUGACCUGAUUGAAGCAAAGCUAGGAAUUCUGGACUUGCUGGAUGAAGAGUGUAAAGUGCCGAAAGGAACUGACCAAAACUGGGCACAGAAACUGUACGACCGACAUUCUAACAGCCAGCACUUCCAGAAGCCUAGGAUGUCAAACACGUCAUUCAUCAUUGUUCACUUUGCUGAUAAGGUUGAAUACCAGUCUGAUGGCUUUUUAGAGAAAAACAGGGACACCGUUUAUGAAGAGCAGAUUAACAUUCUGAAAGCCAGUAAGUACCAACUGGUAGCUGAUCUCUUUCAUGAUAAUAAGGAGGCAGGCCCCACUACGCCUUCUGUGAAGACUUUAAGGAUUAAUAUCCGUUCUGCCAGACCAUCUCCGCAAAUCCCUAACCGCGAACAUAAGAAGACUGUGGGUCAUCAAUUUCGAAAUUCCCUACAAUUACUAAUGGAAACACUGAAUGCUACAACACCACACUAUGUUCGAUGCAUCAAGCCUAAUGAUGAAAAGCUGCCGUUCUCAUUUGACCCCAGCAGAGCAGUUCAGCAGUUAAGAGCUUGUGGAGUGUUGGAAACGAUUCGUAUCAGCGCUGCUGGAUAUCCUUCUAGGUGGACAUACCCUGACUUCUUUAAUAGGUAUCGGGUGUUGAUGAGCAAGAAGAGCAUCGUUCUAUCAGACAAAAAAGCAGCCUGUCGCAACCUUCUGGAAAAUCUGAUUAAGGAUCCCGAUAAAUUCCAGUUUGGGAAGUCCAAGAUUUUUUUUCGGGCAGGUCAAGUUGCUUACCUGGAAAAGCUGCGAGCAGACAAGUUCCGAAGUGCAUGUAUUAUGAUACAGAAGACCGUGAAGGGCUGGCUGCAGAAGGUGAAAUACAGAAGGAUAAGGAAGGCAGCUAUCACUCUGCAGAGAUAUGGUCGUGGAUUUUUGGCUCGCAGGCAGGCUGAGAAACUUCGACAGACACGUGCUGCAGUUGUCUUUCAGAAGCAAUUCCGAAUGCUGCGCAUCCGUAGAGCCUUCCUUAAGGUCCGGAAAUCCGUUAUCACCAUCCAGGCUUUUGCACGGGGCAUGUUUGUCAGGAGGAUAUAUCAUGAGUUGCUACUGGAUCACAAAGCAAGUAUUAUUCAGAAGUAUGCCCGUGGUUGGAUGGCUCGUAAGAAGUUUGGACGUGCUAGAAAUGCAGCCAUUGUCAUCCAGUGCGCUUACCGUCGACUGUGUGCUCGACGUGAACUCAAGCAGCUGAAGAUAGAAGCUCGUUCAGCAGAACACUUGAAAAAGUUAAACAUUGGCAUGGAGAAUAAGAUUGUCCAGUUGCAGAGGAAAGUAGAUGAGCAGAACAAGGAAUACAAGUUCCUGAGUGAGCAGCUGCAUUCAAUCAGCACGGCAUAUGCACUGGAAGUAGAAAAGUUACGACGAGAGCUAGAACAGCACCGUGGCCGACAGGAGGAUGAAAAUCUGGUUGUGAGUCUUCAGCAAGAAGUCGAAAAACUCCAUACGGACCUGGAGACAGUAGAAAAGGAGAAGAAGCAGCUGGAAGAAUUGUACUCUUCGGAAAAAGCAUCCCUAGUCAAGAGAGUGGCAGAUCUUGAAGAAGAGAAUACAUUACUGAAGCAUGAAAAGGAGAACAUGAAUCAGAGAAUCCUCAGCCAGUCCAAAGACUCUGAAGACCAAGUCAUGAACCGGUCCAUGAAAGAAAGUCAAAUGAAGGCUGACUUAGAAGAGGAACGCUCUCGUUAUCAAAACCUGCUGAAGGAAUAUUCCCGUCUAGAGCAAAGAUAUGAAAAUCUUUAUGAGGAAAUGUCUCUUGUUAAGUUUCACCCAGGACAUCGGAGAAAUCCAUCUAAUCAGAGCAGUCUGGAGUCCGACUCCAAUUACCCAUCCAUUUCAACCUCAGAGCUUGGAGACACAGAUGACAGCAUGCAGCAAGUAGAGGAACUUGGACUGGAGAAAGCAGCAAUGGAUAUGACUUUGUUCUUGAAGCUGCAGAAGCGUGUUCGAGAACUGGAGCAGGAACGGCGACGGCUACAGACAGACCUGGAAAAGAUGGAAGAGCAGGCCAAGAAAAAGGGGAAUGAAUACAAAAACUCCCCUGAUCCAGACCGUGAUGCAGAUUCUGCCUACAAUUGUCUAAAGAGGCAAGAGCUGGAGUCUGAAAACAAGAAACUGAAAAAUGACCUAAAUGAGCUCAGAAAGGCCAUUGCUGAGAGAGCUACUCAGAACAACUCUUCAAACGAACUUCAGGAAAGCUACAAUCUCCUUCUAAAUCAGCUCAAGACGGCCAAUGAGGAACUGGAAGUGCGUAAGGAAGAGGUGCUCAUACUAAGGACUCAGAUCCUCAGCAGCGUUCAGCAGAAGGAGCCCAAUAUACACAUAGAAGGUAAUAGGAUACCAGAAUGGAACAAUGGUAUCAAACACCUGGAUGGAGAUGAGUCCAUUGAGUCAUAUGAGAACAUCUGUGAGACAAAGAACAAGUCACAAGACUGGGGAUACUUGAAUGAAGAUGGGGAGCUUGGUCUGGCCUAUCAGGGUUUAAAGCAAGUUGCCAGACUUUUGGAAGCCCAGUUGCAGUCUCAGAGCAUGCAGCACAAGGAGGAAUUGGAGGCACUGCACGCUCAGAUCGACGGGCUUAAAGAUGAGGUGGAAAGGCGGCAGGAGCUCCUGGCUCAGACUCUGCAGCUCUCGCCGGAGGCGCAAGUGGAGUUCAGCAUUCAGCAGGAGAUCACACGUCUCACGAAUGAAAACUUGGACCUUAAAGAAUUGGUUGAAAAAUUAGAAAAAAAUGAAAAGAAACUGAAAAAGCAGUUGAGAAUUUAUAUGAAGAAAGUACAGGAACUCGAAGUGAACCAGGUGACUGUGCAGCCUGAACGGCCGCGUCCUGAGCUGACUCGCCAGGCCACAGUACAGAGGAAAGAGAAGGAUUUUGAGGGAAUGCUGGAAUAUCAUAAAGAAGAUGAGCCACUGCUGGUGAAAAAUCUCAUUUCAGAUAUGAAGCCUCAAAUGGUAUCAGCAACUGUGCCCUGUCUGCCAGCUUACAUUCUUUUUAUGUGCAUCCGGCAUGCAGAUUACAUCAAUGAUGACCAAAAAGUCCACUCACUGUUCAAUGCAACCAUCAAUGGCAUUAAAAGAGUACUAAAGAAACACAACGAUGACGUUGAGAUGACUUCAUUCUGGCUGGCAAACACAAGCCGCUUGUUACACUGUCUGAAGCAGUAUAGUGGAGAUGAGGCUUUUAUGACUCAGAAUACAGCCAAGCAGAAUGAGCACUGCCUCAAGAAUUUUGAUCUUUCAGAGUACAGGCAGGUCCUGAGUGAUCUCUCCAUUCAGAUCUACCAGCAGCUUAUCAGAGUAGCAGAAGGUACUCUCCAGCCCAUGAUCGUUUCUGCCAUGCUGGAGAGUGAGAGCAUUCAGAGUCUUUCUGGAGUGAAGCCCAUGGGUUAUAGAAAGCGUUCAUCUAGCAUGGUGGAUGGUGACAACUGCUACUCUCUGGAGGCUGUCAUCCGACAACUAAAUGCCUUCUACAAUACCAUGUGUGACCAUGGACUAGACCCUGAGAUUAUCCAGCAGGUCUUUAAGCAGCUUUUCUACUUAAUCAAUGCGAUUACCCUGAAUAAUCUUCUGCUUCGUAAAGACAUGUGUUCCUGGAGCACAGGCAUGCAGCUCAGGUAUAACAUUAGCCAGCUGGAGGAGUGGAUACGAGGCAAAAACCUGCACCAGAGUGGAGCAACCAGCACUUUGGAGCCCCUUAUCCAGGCUGCACAGCUACUUCAGAUCAAGAAGAAAACCACAGAUGAUGCUGAAGCCAUCUGCUCUCUUUGCGCAGCACUGACCACACAGCAGAUUGUAAAAAUACUGAAUCUGUAUACUCCCUUGAACGAAUUUGAAGAAAGAGUAACUGUGUCAUUCAUCAGAACUAUUCAGGCUCAACUUCAGGAUCGACAAGACACCCCACAACUGCUGCUGGAUUUCAAACACACCUUCCCGGUUCUGUUCCCGUACACACCUUCAGCCCUCAGCCUGGACUCCCUGCACAUACCUGCCAGUCUUAACCUGACCUUCCUCACCAGAGUUUAAAAUGGCGCCAUCCACAGCUGUCGCAGUUGAAGGGGAAAUCGUGUGAGGUAGCCCGCCUUGGACGAUCUAGGAAUUUAUUUGCAAGGCAACUUGAAGUACCAGAAAUGUACUGAACCUUUUUUAUCAAACAUUGGUGGCACUUUACGACAAUAGUUACUGUUCUGAAUAGCACUGUGAUACGUUCCUCAUCACUGCAGCUAAACGUCAAGGAUCAGCAGUUUGCAUUUAAACAAAACAAAUGCAUUUGAAUGACUGGCGUGGGAUUUCUAAGGAACCCAUUUGCACUGUGUUGAACACACUGGUUGAUUGUUGUUAUUUCAAUGGAAAAAGUCUGGUUUUCUUUUCUGUAUGUUAACUUCACGUAUUUAUUUUGUAACAAAAUAGAAGAUUGACAGUACAUCAGCUUUUGUGUAAAUUUAAAUAUAUAGAUAUUUACCACUUUCUAAAUAGCCUGCUUCACCCAUCCUCUCAGCAUAUUUUCCCUUAAUAAUUAUCAGCACCCGAGUGAUGGUCAUAGAAAGAAUUAAAGCCUCACCUUUAUUGAGUCUCUUUUUUUUUUAUCCUUUUACCCAAAUUCUCAGCAGCAGUCAGAGACUAUUGACUACACCAAAUAGAGCCUUAUGUUUCUUUAUCAGUUUUACUUCCCAUUCUUUAUGAUAAUGAACAUCAUAAAAAAAAAAUCCUGGGAGGUCCAGGCUGAUAUGACAUUUUAGAGCACUGUCAUCAAGACAAAAGAGCAGUUGAAACUUCUCACUAUUGCACACUACUUUUUGAUUCUGUGAGUAGCACCAGUAUAUGUUUGCCCUGUUUGGUUUAGGGCUCACUCCAGCCCUCUUUUAAUGAUUUUAUUACACUAUAGAAAAUGUUCUUGGUCAAGAGAACUCCUGACAUUCAUCUCGUAAUCCACGUUCAUACAAACCACACAGAAUAUCACCGCUACACUCAAUGCAGAUUAAGUGAGAUGAUGCCAUCUAGUGGAUGCCAGUUAAACCUCACAUUGCACAUGCAGUCUGGUCUUUAUUAAGACUUGGGUUUCGGAAGCCACAUCUGAUCACAGCAUAUCUUCAUUUUGGGAAAGAAAAUAUUCCUCCCUUCUUAACAUUCACAAAGCUGCACUAAAGUGCAAUAAAGUCAUUCAGUAAAUGCGUCAACUUAAUGUCACGACGACGGAUGUGGCCACUUUGGCAAAGCAGUGUGUUCAAAUAAUCACUGAGGAUGGCAAAUUUAAUCAGUGUAAUAGAAAACCAUAAAAGAAAAAGAAAGCUUGAGCACGUUUUUAUAUCACAUAGUAGAAAGAAGUCAAUUUUGUUUUCACUUACGGUAAUAAUGCAUAUACCAAGUUUCUCAUUUGUGUUUUUUAUGUGAAGGUUUGUAUUGUAGCAUUGUUUUCUUGGCUACUCAGUUCAGAAGGCGUGUGAAUAUUAUUAUAUACGUUAGAAGGAUGGAUGAAUGUGUUAAGUGUCUCAAAGCCUCACCUUGAGUGCCCUGCGCGGGUGACGUCCUCUAAUAUAAAACGAAUACACGUCACUCUCUUCACGCGCGAAUCGUGUUGUAUUUACGCAGAGUGUGUGCUUAGGAGAUUUGUCUGGGACUUCCAGUGGGACGGUGGAGAGAGGAGACCCACGCACAAACCACUUGCUGAAUAUUCCACAAGAAGGGAACCGUUUGCCCAGAUUUGUAAACAGAAGGCCCUCCCUCAGUUUUAAAUAAUAGACGGGUGCUUUGUUUUAUUUUAUGAGAUUUGGUGCAAGUUUAGUAUUUUAUCCCUGGUGAUCCCAAUUAGUUGGUAUAUUGAUGAUUUGGCACUCAUGAUAGACCAUAUGACUUCAAUCUAAAUGAGCAAUCAUUCCUAAAAUAGCGUUGCCAUGUGCACACCAAUCCAGAGAUCUGAACAAAAUCUUACCCAUUAAAACAUGACAUGCUAGGAAGUUGUAGGGUCAGCCAUUCUGCUGGUGACGUGCAGGUUAACGAUUCUGUCGUCCAUUUUUAGCACAUGCUAGUUAGAUCGGACUCUUCCUUACUGAGUGUGAAGAUAAAUCAAAUGAAGCGAUUUCCUCACCCAAUAUUUGCUGUCCCAAGCCUUACUGAGCCAGGCAGACGGGAGCUCGCGGAUCUGAAGACACUGACAUUCCUUUCUCAUAUUCUCGAAUUUAGCUACGUGUGUAAAUCCUAGAAACACAUUCAGAUCUCAAGGGCAGCGUGCUGGAUUUUUAUAUUUGUACUGUGAUCUAAACAGUAAACUGACCAAUGUAAAAGACAAAAAAAAAAAAAAA